UUACCUCCUCCCUGGAACGCCAUAGCGACAUUUAGCUUCCUGUGUGCAACUAAAACUACAUCUCCCAGAAGACAUUGCGGGGCGCACGCGCAGAUUGUUCGUAUAGCAUGGCUACGGUGCUGUCCAGGGCGCUGAAGCUGCCAGGAAAGAAGUCCCAUGACCCACGGGAAUAUGACCCUCUCACACAGGCGGACAGCGAUGAAAGUGAGGAUGAUCUGGUAAUUAACAUCCAGCAUAAUGGAGUUCAGAAUGGGAAGGGCAGUAGGGGUUCAUAUCAUGACCCAGACUCUGAUGUUGAAAGAGCCUCCAAAAGAGUCCAGCAGCGUCCAGUUGAUGCUAAAGAAGAGGGCCUAUCCCCAUCAGGAGGACUGGACCUUGAGCUGAAGGCAACAUCACCAGUGGUGUCUUAUAUAAGGACCACAGUCUUCCUCCUAACAGUUGUUGUCUCCAUGAUCAUGGUUCUUAUUUGCGCAUUUCUCAUUCCUUGUCCUCACAGAGGGCAUCACCAAUUCUGGACCCUCCGCAUUGGUCAGGAGACAGGUAUACCUUCUCCCCUGGAACUGUUUGAUGUGAAUAUGGACGGUGUUCCGGACAUCCUAAUUUCUUUUGCAUCCCCUAAAAAUGUGUCCCAAGAUGCUAUGAAACAUCACAACUCAGUUGCAGCCUUGUCUGGCAUUAAUAACAGCAUCCUUUGGAGCAGUCGUGUGCAGGAGGAAAUCCAAAGUAUAAAGUGUGGGCUGCUGCUUCCUGAUUCCCCACAGAAUAAUACUUGCCUUCUAAUCGGACGCUCCAAAUUUCUGCAACUUGUCAACGCCACCUCAGGAAAACCAAUCUGGACCAGUUCAGUCCAUCUGUCCAAUGGGGCUCUGGCUACUUCUGCAAUUGUUCUGCCAGACCUAAAUGGGGAUUAUAUUAGUGACUUACUGGUGCUUACUGUAGGAGAGCAACAGCCACAUCUGGGAUUCCAGUUGGUCUCUGGUCUGACUGGGCACCUGUUGGGAGAAGUUGUAAAAUACGAAGCCACAGUUAAAGGCAAACUCCAAGGACCACAGGUCCAUUACACCACUCAGGGAGCCAUAUACAUCUUAUUUGGGUUUGGGAGUGUGCAGGCAGUUGCUCUCAAAGAUAUUUACACACAGGCUAAAACUGGAGAGAGUUUGCCCAAAGCUUUGCAGAAGGAGGAUCCAGAGUGGGAGAAAUGGAGAACAGUGAAUGGGUCUCAGACCAUCAAUGUUUACAGAACAGGAGUGGAGUUCCUACAAAGCAUUCCGGUUCUGGACAGUAACUGCAGUGACCUGCUUAUCACAACGACUGAUGGCCUGACAUUGCUGCGGGGGAAAGACUUAGAGAAGAGAUGGGCUGUCAGCUUGAAGAACGUCAAAAGUCAGCCGCAGACUGGACACUUUAAUCCUGAUGGCAGCCUAGACUUCUUGCUACAAAUUCAUAGCAACAAUACUUCAAAGAGGAUCGUCAUUAUUGAUGGCACAUCUGGUGUACCUCUCUGGGAAUGGGAAGUUCCAUGGCAUGUGAAAGAAGCAGCGGCUGCUUCUGUCCCAACUUCGGAUGGGAAGUCUGCCUUUGUUUUCUGGGGUGAUGGUAGCCUUCCAGCCAACAGCACAAAUCUGAAUAUACAAGUUGAUACACAGUGGAAUAGACAUCUCCUCCUUCUCCACCCAAGCUAUCCCGGUGUUAUACUGGAUAUCUUUAAUGUUAGCGCAAACAUUGUUACGAUGGAAAUUGGAAUUAAGGAGUUGGAGAAAGACGCCUUUGUCGUCAUUGUGACAUCAGAUCGAAACAUUGGAGCUUCAGACAAUGUGCCCCAAACCUUAGUGGUCAGCAAGCUUGCCUUGAGAUGGGCUAUGUCUUACAGCCAUCCUUUGUCUGUGGGAGAUGCAAAAAUUAGGCCAAAGGUUGAUGAUGUGAAGAGAAUUCUAAGUAGGCUAAAGUUUGGUACUAUUCCUCAGAAGCCCUAGCUAUGUCAUCUUAUGGAGAAGAAAUAUUGGAAGAUGGAUCCAACAAGGGACUUACCUGUGCUGUAAUGUGUGGUUCUCUUCCUGCUGUUGGAAAACAUGAUAUCAUAGCAAACAUCACAACCCAAACACUGUUUCUCAACCGUAGGUUUCCAGAUUUUGUUGAACUACAAAUCCAAUAUCCUUCAAUAUAUAUAUAUAAUUAGAGAUUUAGAGUGUACUGAGAUUUGUAGUUCAGCAACACCUGGAGGGGGGUUAAAAAAAAAAGAUAUUGAGAGAAUGUGUUUGAAUUGGCCUCAUUAUGCUGAUAAAUGGAAUGUCUUAAUGUUGUACCUGAUACAUUAUAUUAACCUAAUAUGAACAUUUCUGGAAGCUUUCUAUAUGGUGUGGAGAGCCAUGAGAACCUUGCAGUAUCACUUUAGCUGCGCAUAGACCCCAUUGGUCCUAAAAUCACUCCUCCAGGGCAUUACUUACACAAUCUUGGUGAUGGCAUUCUAUCACCAGUUGUUGCCACACAGUGCACAACACACAAGGGCACUCCAUAGCAGCUAGGACAUAGCUCUGUAAUCACAUCUUCAGCCUCCUUAUGACAUACAAACACAUAAAUAUCAGUGCAUGGCUAUUUACUAUUAUUUUUCCUCCCCUUGGAUUAAAAGUAGAGUACUGUUGUAAAAGGCAAAUGUCACUGGCUGCGAAAGAAAGUUGUAUUGCAUUUUAUAUAAACUUUCCAACAGCUUUUCAACAACCUUUAUUCUAGUUGGCUAGGAAUGGUCUUUGAUGUUGCAGCUCUUAUCUGUACAGAAGAUUCUCUGUUCUGAGCAUUAUUUUUAAUUGAAACUGUCUAGGACAAGGUGAGAUUUUUGGAAAUGACAAGCACAGAUUUAUACUUAUGUACAUAAAUUAUGGUAUCCCGGCCAGUUCCGGGUUUACGGAGGGGGGCGGGGGGCCCGGCUGCGCGUCCUGCGCCAGGGCCCGCCCCCCUCUAGUUCCGUUUCUGCUUUUGUAAGGUACUGUAAGCUGCUAUCCAUGACACAAUAUUUUCUUUCUAUGGAGUGUAGGAAAUGGGGUAUUAUUUUUUGUGAAGUCAGGGUGGACAACCUGAGGUUCUUGGCUGCUAAUCCACAACUUGUUAUUGGCAAAUGCUGUUCUUGGGAUCUAUAGUUUGCGCUAAAGAGACAUGAAGUUCAGACCUGUAUGUUCUUCAAAUAUAUUCCUUCCACUUUCUUACUUGGCUGGUUGCACGUCCUCCAAUGGCCACUUUCCACUGGCAAUACUGACAAAGAAAUGAGUCCAGCACCCGCAGUUUUGAAUAAAACAGCCUUUAUUGGUGCAAGGGCAUUACAGCAACGUUUCAAACCAUAUGGUCUUUUAUCAAGCUUGAGUUCAAAACUGCGGGUGCUGGACUAAUUUCUUUUUGAGUGCAUAGAGCUGUACAACAGUGCAAAUAGCCCCAUUAUGUAUGAAGCUUAAACAUCAGCCUCAUGCGCACAGUUGUUUAUACCUCCAAGUGCCUAUGAAAUUGGAAGAACACAAGGUUAAGCCUAAUUGCAGUUUCCUCCAUUUGCCUGACUAUUAGAAUUUUAUAGUGUAUUGGUAGCUGUGAAAAGUAUUUAUUUAGAACUCCCCCAAGUCUUUUUUUUAUUUAACACCUUUUAGCAGUCUUGAUGAUUUAUAGCUUAGGGCUAUGGACACACAGGCUGUUGUCAUGUGCGAAACUGCGAUACGUGGGCAACAGAGCAGGUACGUGCCUGGCGCCCCCCCAGCUUUGCGCCCUAGGCACGUGAUUACUCUGCCUAGUUCUGGCCCUGGUUGUCAGCGGCUGUUUUCAGCCUGUGUAUUUGGGCUGAUUUAAAUCAAUGGAGUAGGGCACUGAGCAGAUCUGCUUCUCUAAGCCGAUAUGUCGCUGACAACAGCCUGUGUUUCCAUAGCCUAAGCAGGGUCCGGUUCUCAUUGACACUGUACCCUGAGCUGGAUGAAAUCACAAUAGCUGGAAGUACAGUAAGAGUAAAUAAGAGGAUACACAGAACUAGUGGUGUAACUAUAGAGGAAGCAGACCCCUACAGUUACAUGGAACCCCCCCUCCCCAGCUGCUAUCUUACCUUUGGCUGGGGAAGGGGGAUGCAGGCUGCUCUGGCACUGGGCGGGAGUGGGCGGAGAGGUGUAGACGAGUCAGCGUGUUGGGAAUAGCAGUGCACCGGCCAUCCGAAGAUUUUUUUGCAGGGGGGCCUGGUGCACUGUAGUUACGCUGCUGCACAGAACCACAUAUGUUUGCAGAGUUUCAGUAUCGGCAAAUAAACCUACAACGUUGUGGCUAUGCUAUCUUGCUGGGUUACUUUUCUGUAGUGAUUAAAAUCCAGUGGAGGUUUGUUAUCGGCUUCUAUGUAAGGAAUAAGUCACCCACACAUCAGCAUAACACUCACUAGCAGCUACAGAAAAAAGUUUAACAACACUAAUAUGCUGCUUAAUAGCCUCCAGUCAUGAGGUGCCUAGUUGGCUGUCAGAGAAAUGGGCUUGUGAGACCUGACCUCUUGCUGCCUACUCACUCCUUAUGGUGCUUGUUACACACAGAAAAUGAACACUGCUGAUGAGUCACAACUGAUAGUUUUAGUUGCCCAGGGUAAUGCAACCUUUUACUUAAUCUAAAAGUGUGUGUGUAUAUAUAUAUAUAUAUAUAUAUAUAUAUAUAUAUAUAUAUAUAUAUAUAUAUAUAUAUAUAUAUAUAUAUAUAUAUAUAUAUAUAUAUAUAUAUAUAUAUAUAUAUAGUCUGUAAACUGUAAAUACGUCUGUACAUUAGGUAAUGCUUGAAAAAGGAAUUUGAUGUAUAUAGUUGUAGAUAGAGUAGCCGUCUCGGUGGACGCUUACUAAUACGUAGGUCAUAGCAAUUUAAAAGUAGCACAUGUGAUAACCACUGCUGGCUGCCUAGUCUCUCUAUGCGGGAUUUGCACAACUAGAAUACAGGGUUUCAUAGCAUACAGGCCGUGCUCAUUCAAUUUCUUCUGACAGUUACUGAGUGGCAUUCUUCAUGCAGUUUGUGGUGUAGUUUGUGGAUGUGUUAAUAUCCAGUUGUUCUUCAACCAGUUUCCUUGUGGUACAACUCCAUAUUUAUCGACAUGAUACAUUUCUAUAGUGUUUUCUGUAAUGAUGUUCUGUAGUCUGUAAUCCUUUUGAACAUAACCCAAUCAGCUGCGUUGCCUCGAAAGUUACAGUUGACAUUUUUUAACUAAUUAGAUCAAAGCAUGGCAUUUGUUUCUGGGAUAUGCUGUGUAAGUGACUUGCAGCUAUCCCUAUAGAAAAUUAGUUUUAUUUUACUAUCCAACUGGAUAGAAAGCUAUAUUAACCUAUUAUAUGAUGCAGAUUGUAAGCUUUUGUGGGCAGGGCCCUCUGAUCCUAUUUUUAUUCUGCAACCCUGUCUGUUAUGAAUUAUUGUAAGGUAUUGUGUAAUGUGGAGGCUUUCUCUGCUCUUUUCUUCUAUGGCCUAUGUUUUACAUGUUUUCACGUGGCAUUCAUUAUACUCUUUUGCUCAGUUUGCUCUUUCCCGUCAGCUUUUAGUCUUCUCUUUUGCCUCUUCCACCUAAAUUCCUUCUCAUCUUUUCUUCUGCUGCUCCCUACAAACGGUGCUUUUCACUUUACAGCCCUUUCUACUUUCUCCUUUUAGUCUCCUUUUAGCCUCCUUUUUCAAUUUGUUUGCUUAUCUUUUGUGUGGGAGUCUAACCCCCAUAUGGCACUAGGUUUUCCCUGUUGCAGUAAUAUAUAGCAACCAAUAAGAUGCUUGCUUUUUUUGUCCAGUGUGCUGCAGCUUUUUUGGGAUUGUGUGAGUGUCAACGCCUGUGUUGAGUUGGUAUAAUUAAAGAGUGAAAAUACAGAUUGUCAGAGGAAUACCCCACAGCGCUAUAAAUGUGUGUAGAAUUUUUACAGUUCUCUGGGGAAUUGUCUGUUCACCCUUUUGAUGAAUAUAGCUCCUACUAGUUCACAUUUAUGUACAGUGUGAAGACAAAACAUUGAUAAGAUAUGUCACUAGUGACAUACAAGGUGUAUGGAUAAAUGCACAUUCAUGGUAUACACUUUCGCUGGCAGCUGUAAAAAUCUUUAUACAGGUAUGGGUUCCAUUGUCCGAGCACCCAUUAUAAAUAUUUAUUUAAUAUAUUUUUCAUAAGAAAAGGCAAAUAAUUCAAAUGUUAAACAAUGAUUUCCUUUUUCCUUGUACUCGAUGAUAAAUAAGCUGCAUGAAUCCAUGUAAAUGGAAAAACAAGCCUUUUGGGUUUAUUUAAUGUUUUUGGCAUUUGGUGAGCCAAAUUAUGGAAAGAUCCCAGUCCCAAGCAUUCCGGAUAAUAGAGCCUACACCUGCACUGGAUGGUGUAGUAAAUGUGUUAAAAAUGUCUCUGGUGUACAUACAGUAUUGUCAGAAAAUGUUGUAGCUUCUUAAAUAAAAACCAUGAAAUCUA